ACGGAGAAAGAAGUGCAACGAUGGCAAGAACCAAGCAGACGGCUCGUAAAUCCACAGGUGGCAAAGCCCCGAGGAAGCAGCUCGCUACCAAAGCCGCCCGUAAGAGCGCUCCAGCCACCGGUGGCGUCAAGAAGCCCCACCGUUAUAGGCCCGGGACCGUGGCUCUGCGAGAGAUCCGCCGUUAUCAGAAGUCCACCGAGCUGCUGAUUCGCAAGUUGCCUUUCCAGCGUCUGGUCCGAGAAAUCGCGCAGGAUUUCAAGACGGAUCUGCGCUUCCAGAGCUCCGCCGUUAUGGCCCUGCAGGAGGCCAGCGAGGCUUACUUGGUCGGUCUGUUUGAGGACACCAACUUGUGCGCCAUCCACGCCAAGAGAGUGACCAUCAUGCCCAAAGAUAUUCAGCUGGCCCGCCGUAUUCGCGGGGAGCGCGCUUAAACCCGCCGCACUGUCACUGGCACUAAACCCCAAAGGCUCUUUUAAGAGCCACCAAAAUCACACUGAAGGAGAGAGUUUUCACUCUGACGCGGGGUGUAAAACUGUUACGAAAUAACAGUGUCUUACACCUUGAGAAAUUUCGUCUGAGUUCCAUUUUAUGUACUUACUUAAUGGAUUUUAGCUUCCCAUUACUACAGAAGGCACGGGCAAAAUCAAACCGAUGUUUAGCAGUAUUAAUUACUGUCUCGCAGUAACACGCACGUUUCCAAGUAAAUGAAACAAGUGUGUAUGUACAAAUAUCAUACUUCUAAUACACCUGUACAUGUGUGUAUAAUUGAGCCGAGUGCGAUUACAUUGACGUUAAGCUAAUAAUUCAUUAUACAUUGCCAAAACUACUUCCCUGCGUCAUAAAAAAAUGUUUCAUGUGUAAGUAGAGGUAAUUUGUCUAUAGUAGGUGGUUAUUUA